GCUCAUUCGUUACGGUUACUGAUGGUAUUCAUCGUCUUGUACACCAAAUAUAAUUAAACUUACAAGUUAAGAAAUAGAAACUCCAAACAGAAUAUUGGACAGAAAAUAAAAUAAAAAUAAAAAGACAUAAUCAAGCAAGUAGCGCAGACCGGUCUCCAUUCAUUUACCUGAGAGAGACUGAGUUGAGUUACGUGAGUACAUUAGUAACGUUCAAAUUUGCAAUCUCUCUCCUUUCCCCCAAUAUAUAUGAUGCUCUGCUGAAAACAUACUUCACUUUUCUCUCCUUUCUCUCUCUCAUUUCCCAUUUCUUCUUCCCCUGCUGUAUCGCUCUCUUUGAAACCAACAAAUUAUAUAAAAGAGAAAAAGCUGAGAGCUUGAGACUUGAGAGUAAGAGAGAUGGUCCUUGAAGCUAACAGCCUUGUUUGGAUGGAUGGAGAAGAGGAAGAAGAUGCAGUUUCUUCUUGGACCCGAAACAACAGCUGCAGCGGCAAUAAUGAAUUUGAGACUAAAGAAGACGACUUGGCUAUUUCAGCUGCUUCUCUUUCCACCUUCAAAUCCAUGCUUGACACUGAUUGGUAUAUGAACCCAGCUAUGAACCCGGAGCUUCAAAUCAGAGAGCUUGGUUUCUGCUCCAACCAAGUUGAUGACAAUCUCCUCAUUCACCAGCAAAUUGAUUCCUCUGCUUCUUGUUCUCCCUCACAGGCCUUCACGCUUGACCCUUCACACUCACACCCUUUCUUGCCUCCUAAAUCUUGCUUUUCUUCUCUCCUCAACGUUUCCUGCAACAACCUUUUUGAUAAUGCCUUUGAUUUCUCCUCCGAAACUGCUUUUCUCGCUCAGUUUCAGCCGAAUCAAAACCCGAAUUUGAUGGGUUUUCCUCACAGUCAAAUCUGUACCCCUGAGUUCAGUUCGAGCUCCGACUUUCACUGUACAAGGUUGCUCACAGGAACUGGAAACGCUUUUUCUUUGGGUAGUGCGUUUAGUGCUGGUGGUUUUGACGGUUUUGAUGGAUUAGGGAAUGCUAUGUUUAUGAACAGAGCAAAGAUUUUGAAUACCCUUGAAGUUUUCCCUUCUCAACCAACUUUGUUUCAGAAGCGAGCAGCGAUGCGGCAGGGCUCUGUUGGGGCUGAUAAAUUGGGGAAUUUGGAUGUUUCAGGGCUGAGAUUAGGAGGGGAAGUGUCGCACGGGAAGAGGAAAAGGCAUGAGGAGGGGGAGAUUGAGGAAGCUAGCAUCGAUGUGUCGGGACUGAAUUAUGAUUUUGAUGAGACGAAUGAUGAUUGCAAAGUGGAUGAGAGUGUGAACAAUGGCGGUUGCAAUUCAAAUACAACUAGUACUGUCACUGGUGGUGUUGAUCAGGGGAAGAAGAAAGGGAUGCCGGCAAAAAAUCUGAUGGCGGAGAGGCGGAGGAGGAAGAAGCUCAAUGAUAGGCUUUACAUGCUUAGGUCUGUUGUGCCCAAGAUUAGCAAGAUGGAUAGGGCUUCAAUACUCGGGGACGCCAUUGAUUAUUUAAAGGAGCUUCUGCAAAGGAUCAAUGAUCUUCAUACUGAACUUGAAGCCACUCCACCUGGCUCUUUGAUGCCACCAUCUACAAGUUUCCACCCGUUGACACCAACCCCAUCUACCCUUCCAUGUGGUGUCAAGGAAGAGCUAUGCCCCAGCUCAUUACCAAGCCCUAAGAGCCAACCCGCUAAGGUGGAGGUUAGGGUAAGGGAAGGAAGGGCUGUCAACAUUCACAUGUUUUGUGCUCGCAGGCCAGGUGUCUUGCUCUCCACUAUGAGAGCUCUGGACAACCUUGGAUUGGAUAUACAACAAGCUGUAAUCAGCUGUUUCAAUGGGUUUGCACUGGAUGUGUUCCAAGCUGAGGUGCAUUUCUUUCUUCCCUUGUCUUCUUCUGCUUCUGGUGAUUUCCAUUCAAAGAUCAAUUUUAAUUUGCACGUCUACCCAACAGAUUAUAUAUAUAUAUAUAUAUAUAUAUAUGUUCUUCUCAUAUGAUUGCAACUAACAUAUCUGUAACAAUUUUGAUGAAUGUGGUUUCUUUCCAAGCAAGCAAACAAAACCCCAGGCCCUCAAAAGACUUCUUUCUUGUGUUUAACUCUUGCAACUACAAAGAAUGGCCCUUUAUUGAAGAAAUUAAGUUAUUUUCUUUGUAGUUGAAAACGUGACCAGUUUGACUAAAGGCUAGUUCAAAUAAUGGUAUAGACCAUGAGUCAAAACCCUUGAGAUUGAGGACUCUCUUCUCAUAGUCCUGUUGCAUAUGAUACUGACUAGUUGUACUAUUUUGCACAUGGGUAGGAUUGAAGUAAGAAUCAUGGCCUUUAGUUGGACCUAUGCUAGGCAAUUUUCUGAUACAAGUUUUUUUUUCUGUUUCCACAAAUGUUUAAAACUUCUGAUCCUGGCUCUCCCCUCUCUAAAUAUGCGUGUACGUACUUCUGAAGGUUAAUUUAAUGCUAAUGGUUAAUAAAUGUUGAUCUUAUAUUACUAAAGAAUUACUCCCGAGAUGAGUGUGAAGCCAUUACCGGGAUUCAUCUGAUUUGACAAAAUAAUAAAGGCCAUGAAAGAUUGCCACCAAGGAAACAUAAUAAAGAAAACUUGAGGAGAGAGGCUGGCACCUAUCAUUUGUAUUACAAAUCGUUAUGUUAAGACACCAAGGUGUAUUUUUUCUCUUAACUUCGGUUUCAUAGUCCAGAUUCAAGGAUGAUGCUUUACCAAAUGGUAAAUACUAAAUAAAGACAGACUCAAGAGAUUGUAACUUAUUAUU